CCUCCCCUGCUUCGCUGUUCCCCAGACCCCACACCCAAACGCUGCCCUUCUGGCAGCUCCAAAUUUCACUUGUGAGCUUUAAUUUACUUUUUAUUUGUUUGAUUAUCUUUUUUUUAAUUCUCUCCUUUUUAUUACAUUGGACAACACCAAUAAGAAAAGAAGACUUUGAUCAACAAGUGGAAAUGGAUUAAUUGACUUAUUGAGACAUUUGUUUUAAAUAACUGAGUUGAUGUUGAUUGGACGAUCCCCAACCAGUUCUACAUGAGGAGGUUUUACCUGUAGCUCAGAGGAUCCUACCUGAAACAGGCUCCAUGGCUGAAGCAGCCAAACCCACCUCUGUGGGCGUAGCCGGAGGGCCCGGGGGAGCAGCCCAGACCAGCUCCCUCAGAUCUAAAGCUCUGCAGCUCCUCAGGAAGUUGAAGUUGUCUGUGGAGCUGCUGGUGGCCCUGGCUGCUCUCCUGUCCUGGGUGGUUGUGGGUGUGGUGAUGUUURACUUUGUGGAAUACAAAGCAGUACCUGACAUUCAUCAUAUCAUAUCAGACCCAGUUCAGGCUACAAACGAUGCUGUUGAUGAAGUGACCAGCCUUCUCAAUAAGUUCCAAGAAUGUGCCCCUGAUUUAAGUGACCCCAUGUCUGCUGCCACGUAUGCAGCUGAGGAAAUCAGAGAAGCUAAAGACAGUUUUGUUCGCUAUUACUCAGAUGAAGAAGGAACUUUUUACCUCAGCUACAUUGACCCUGUAGUUAUUGGUAGAAGAGCUUUCCAUUCAACAGACAACUUCCUGUGUGGAGUGCUGGGUUACUUCAGGGACACGCUUUGUGCUGUUGUGGAUACUGUAAUAGAGACGACUCAGGACAUAAGGAAAGGAAAAACUGAUCUGAGCUACGUCGACCCGGUUGUAAUAGGCAGGGGUGUCUUCAGGACCACUAAUGAGUUCACAUGUGAGGUGUUGGACUACAUCCAGGGUGUGCUCUCCUUUUUAUUGGACUCUGUACUGGAUGUAGUCAAAGGAACGACUGACUUCAGCUUCAUUGAUCCUGUGGUGAUCGGCAGGAAUCUGUUCGGUGUUAUAAAUGAGACCGUUUCUGGGAUAACAGGUUACAUCCAGGACACGCUCUGUGCCAUUUUAGACAACGUGCUGGAUGUAUUUAAGGGAACAACUGACCUCAGCUUCAUUGACCCCGUGGUCAUUGGCAGAAAAGUUUUCCAAGUUUUUAACGACUUUGUGAGCAGAGUAGCAGGAUACAUCCAGGAUGUGCUCUGUGCAGUGUUGGAUGUGAUACUGGAUACUUUAAACAGUAUCCAGGAGGCUGUGGGAUUCAGCCCCAUAUCAGGCCUGAAGACGACAGUAGACAUCACCAAAGAACAGGUUAACAUGCUUGUGGGCUUCCUCUCCUCAACACUGAUUGGUGAACAAGGUAUUGUGCCUGACGUGUCUUUUGACCCGAUGAAAGUGGUUGAGGAUGCCGUGUUGGAGUUUUCUGACAAGAAGGAUUUGUUCUUGAGUUACAUUUCGAGCAUGCUGGUUGGUGACCAAGGUGAACCUGUCACCUCCCCGGUUGUAAAUAUAGUCACUGAAACAGAUGAAACUGUAGUUUCUCAACCUGACAUCAAGCUGGUCCAAAAGAAAGGUGAAUUUCUACCUCCAGAUGAAAAAGUUACAGAGGUGAUGCAGGCUGCAGAAGAUGAAGACAUCGCUGCUACAAAGUUAACUUCAAACUCAAAACCAGACGAGAUGGAGGCUGAAGAGCCAACUGCCACUGUCGCUGAAGCAGGAGUGACUGAGGAAGAGGAUGAUGAGGUGAAACAUAUUGAAGACAUGCAACCUGAGCCUUCACUGAAGGAGGAAUUAUUUGAUAAUGAAAGCAAAGAGGAGGAGGCAACAAAAGAAGACCUUUCUGGUGAGAAAGAAGAAAGGAUAAGAUCAAAGGAGGAUGCAGAACAAAUGGAUCAAGAAGAAGAGCAGAAAGGGGAGGAAGAGGAUGGUGAAAAGGAAGAUCAAGUAAAAACAGGGCAUGAAUAUGAAGAAAAACAUGAGAUUGAAAAGAUCCAUUCAGCAGAUGGAGAGGUCGAAGAUGGAAAGGUAGAGAAUGAGGAGGAAGAAAAGCCCCAAACUGAACAACAUCAAGAAGAUGGUGGAACUAAAACUGAAAACAUUUUGGCCAGUGAGAAAGAGGAAAAACACCAAACUGAGGAAAAAGAAGAUAAAAAACUAAAGGAGGAGAAACUUGAAACUGAAGAUCAUUUGGCCAAAGAGGAGGAGAAGGAGGAUGAAAUUAAGAAUGAAGAGAAGGAAAAAACUAAAAUUGAAGAUACUGUUGAAGAUAAAGAAUCAAAAGAGAAACCUGAAAGUGAGGAUCAUUUGGCUAAAGAGGAGGAGAAAACUAAAACUGAAGACCAUUUGACCAAAGAAGACGAAGUUGAGCACCUGGAGGACAUGGAGAAGGAAAAAGACAAAACAAGACCUGAAGAUUUGAUCAAAGGAUCUGAAGAGGAACCUGAAACUGAGGACCAUUUGGCCAAAGAGGAGGAGGAAGAAGAAGAAGAAAAACUCAACUGUGAACACAUCGUGGCAGAAAAAGGAGAGGACAAACCUGAGACAGAAGACAUUUUGGUAGAUGAUAAAGAAAUAAGAAGGGAGUUUGAGGAGCUAAACACUGAAGUGACAGCACAAGAUCAGGAGAAGAAGGAGACCAAAACCACAGAGGUUGUAGAAGAUGAGGGCGAGGCCAGGGAGGAAACAAAAACUGAAGCUGAAGACGAGGAAACUGAAGACAAACAUCCAUCUGAAAAAACUGCAGAAGCUAAAGAUCAGUUUGAUGAAAAUGUAGAAGAGGAGUCAUCAGUUCACCAAUUAGAUCUGAACAUGUUGGAGUUAACCCUCAUUAAUGACACUGCUGGACCUGAACCUGAUGAAGAUGAGGGAGCAGAGACUACCUCACCAUCUGAUCACAGCGAGGAAGAGUUUCCUGAUGUGGAGGAUGAUGGUGAUGAAAAUAACAACGAGAGCAGAAAGUCUGACCCAGAACAGAUGGAGUUGGCUCACGCUGCUUCAAAGGAGCUGAGAAAAGUCAGAACAUCACAUAAAGAACAUGUCGACAAAUAUAAGACAGUUGCAGUGCCUGAACAGGAAGAAGAGGAAGUCCAAAUGAAAGAAACUGUUGUUGUAAAACUAAAAGAAGUCAAACUGAAAGCGGACAAACCUGCAGCUAAACAUCUUGAGAGGGAAAAGGCACAUCCUGCAGGUCCUUUUAGUAGAAACAUCUGCAAAAAAGCCUUUGAAAGGAAAAGAAAAAGAGUUAAAACAUCAGAAAGAAAAGAGAGAAGAGAAGAAAAUACUCAAAGAAAAGAAACAAGAAAAAGAGCCAUCCAAAGAAAAGGACAGAGAGACGCCCUUCAAAAAGGAUGACAAAACAUUUAAAGAAGAACUAAAAGACAGGAGAAAAUCUC